UGUUUUUUUUGAAUUUCAUAAAAUUUCAUCAUUUUUUCAACAACAAACAAAAUAUUGACAACAUUUAACAAUGGAAAUGUUUGAUUUGAAAAAGAUUAAUCUUUAUGAAUUAUUUGAUCUUUCAAAAGAAUGUACCGAAACAGAAAUUCGUAAAGCUUAUCGUAAAAAAGCCUUAAUACAUCAUCCGGAUAAAAAUCCAGAUAAUCCAAAAGCAAAUGAAAUAUUUCAACGUUUAUCCAAAGCUUUAGAAAUAUUGACAGAUGAAAAAGCAAGAGCUUCUUAUGAUAAAAUUUUACAAGCUAAAUUUGAUCGUCAAAUACGUGAUAGAAAACUUGAUGCUAAACGAAAAAAAUUCAAAGAAGAUUUGGAACAAAAAGAAAAAUUUGUCGAACAAGUAUCGAUUAUCGAAGAAGAGGAACGAUUAAAACGUGAAAUUGAACGUAUCCGUAAAGAAGGAUCGAAACAAUUGGAAGAGGAAAACGAAUUGUUAAAGAAAAAAUUAAAUGAAAGUCUAAAUCAGACAAAAUCAACGAUACGAGGCAAUAAUGUUGUUAAAGUUAAACUUAAAAAACGUUCCAAAGAUUUAAAUAUAAUUACCGAUGAAUUGAUUCGAAAAAAUUUUACACAAUUUGGAUCAAUAUUAUCGAUUGUAAUGGUAAAAAAAUCAGCAUUAAUCGAAUAUGAACAUUAUGAUUCAAUGAAAAGGAUUGCAGCAAAUUGUCCGAAAGGAUUUGAAUUUGAAAUAUUAAAUGUUAAUCGUGAUUCAUCGGCAGAAGUGUCCACAACAGAAAACUCCAUCAACCACAACAACAACAACAACAACAACAAUAAUCAUACUGAUAAUUCAAAAGUACCGCAAGAAACCGCUUUGCCUACUGUUGCUAAAUGUGAUGAUAAUGAUUAUGAAGAAUAUAUUCUUAAACGAUUACAAGAAGCUGAACAAAAUAAACGAAAACAAAAACGUUUGUUGGAAAAACACAUUCAAGAUCAUGAUCAUCGACGUAUCAAUCAAGUGAUUGAUUAUUUGUUUGAUUUUCGACAAAACUAUACACCUGAAGAGCUUAUCGAAUGGGUUAAAUAUUUAAUUUGUGGUCGUCGUUUGCCUGUUAAUUUUGCAAAGGAUGUAAAACAUUAUGAUAAAACAUCUAAAUGUACUUCGGUUUGGACAAAUGAUUUUGUUGCCUAUCGUUGUCGUACUUGUGCAAUUUCUUUAUGUAUGUCAUUAUGUGCUGAUUGUUUUUUGAAUGGCGAUCAUAAAGGACAUGAUUUCAAUAUGUUUCGUUCAAAAGCUGGUGGUGCUUGUGAUUGUGGUGAUUCAUUUGUUUUAAAACCUGAAGGAUUUUGUCGUAAACAUCAGCCACGUAAUUCAGAUUUAGACAUACAAAAAAAUACGAAAAAUAUCCCACCAAAUAGUCUUCUUUGUAUUGCUAAUGAAAUUGUUCCACGUUUACUUCAUUAUCUUUUGCUUUAUCUUCGUGGAAAUAAUUUUACAAAUAAUAAAAAAGCCAACGCAUUAAUUAAUGACAUUUUUAUUUAUUUGUGUGAUCUCGGAACUCUAAUGCAAACUAUAAUAUACAAUUCAUUGACCGAUCCAAAUUCGUAUAACUCUUGUCUCAAAUUGAAUAAAGAAGAUGAUCUAGAUUACCAACAUUAUUUGAAAACAUUAUCGAAAAAUUAUCGAAAAGCCGUUCAGGAAUUGGAAUUAUCAUCAAUAUUUCCUGAUUUAAGCGAUUUAGAAAUUUCUGAUCUUAAAAUAUCUGAUCAAAUUGAAUCCUUCAAAGCAGACUUAAAACAUCAAACAUAUUUGGAUGAGAUAAUUUUUUGGACAAUAUACUAUGAAUUUCCUACUAAUUUAAUAACUUUUCUAUUGAAAAUGUUACCACAUGAUGAUUAUAAGGCACAUUUUGCCGAAUGUUUUGUCAAACAUUAUUUUCGUAUUUCUAUGCUCAUAUUACAUCCGAUCCAAAGGUUUAACGGCAUGAAUGAUAAAGAUAUUUAUCAUAAUAAAUUGGCUAACGCUAUCGUACACAUCAGCGUACAACUUUUCAGUAAUGAAAAUUUAGCUCGAGAAUUAUGUGAAAAAUUUCAUCUACUUUACAUCAUAAUAUUGUCAUUUAAAUUUGCAAUAUGUGGUGAUGGUAAAAAUUUUUGGGGAAUACUUAAAGUAAAUUCUGAAUUGGGAUUUGAUCAUGGCAAUUAUAUAAUCGAAGACAAAGGACCUAUUGUUCAUCAUGUAGUUAGCUGUGAUCAUCCUAUUCUUCGCUAUCAUCGGUUUUGGCCAUUGAAUAGUGAUCUUAAUAAUCUAUUUACUCAUAAACAGAUUGCUCAUAUGUUUCUCAACGAUAACGACCUCAUUGAUGUUUGGCUUGAAUUUAUUAUGGCAUUUCAAGCAAUGAAUAUGAAUCUCAAAUCAACAAAAGCAGAUGAUACCAAUCAAAAUUAUAAACGUUCAUUUUCAGCCGAAGUUGAGAUUGCAUCAUCACAAAUGUGGACAUUAAUUUCACAAUUAAAUGAUAAAGAAUCAUUACCAUUGACUAUCAAUUUUGUACAACGUGCUAUGAAAUGGCUUAGAAAAUGGCUCUAUCUGAUUUCGUUUGAUAUUAAUUUGAUCGAUACAGAUCGAUGUACAUUUCAUUUGCCUCUUCAUCGUUAUUAUUCUGUGUUUCUUAAUCAUGCUGUUGCUAAUCAGGAUGCUAACCUUAACGAGUUAUUACCUACUGAUGGUGAAGAACUUAAAAAUUUUCUGGCCCAUCCACUUCAAACACUUAUUGCUUCUUAUCAUAUUAUGUCUAACAUGUGGUUCAGUUUUGGUCCUCACAUCAAAACACAAGCCUUAAACUAUAUGCAUUCUCAAUUCUGCAAUUCAAAAAUCGAUGCCGAUUUGUUUCUUGUACAACAGAUUGCUGCAAAACUUGAUCCAGAAGAAUUUGUCGAAAUGUUUUUCCGUAUAUAUGGUCUAAAUGAACAUCUAAAUCUAACACCUUUACCCGAAAAUGAAAUUGACAAAAAUCGUUUAGUCACUUUUCUUGAAAAUGGUUUCGGUCUAUUUGCUACUAUACUUGGUGUUCAGUUAAAUCUUGGUCUUUCUACAAAUGAUGUUACACGCAAAGAAAUGGUCGCUAUAUUAUCUGUUUCGGAUAAAAAACAUUCACAAAUUCAAGAUAUGAUGCCUCGUCGUUGGGGUAUGUUACAGAAUAAUGGUUUCAUUGAAAUUCUACAUGAUAUUGCCGAAUACAAAUCACCAGAAGUUGAAGUUAGUGGUAGUCUUGUUCAAGGUUACUUUUAUCCAAAAAAUGAAGUAUGGCAGAAUGAAUACGAUCCUUUGUUUGUUCUAUAUCGUAAUGCAUUACGACGAGAAUUUCAGGCAUCAUUGGAGCGUUUUGCCGUUUAUGCUAAACAUUCAAAUAAAUAUGAAUCGAAUAGUCUUCCAUGGCCUCCAUUUCGUAUACCACCACCGAUCAAUGAAAGAUUUAUCGAUCCUCGCAUAAUAUUGAAAAGUAAAACAUUACAUGCAUAUUUUUUUGCAAUACUUUAUCGGUCUUUAAACGAUACAGUUUCUAUUACACAACAUUUAAUGUCGAUUGUUAUACAUCUUAUUGAAUUGACAAUAAUUGAAUCAAUGAAAUCAGAUACCGAUCUGUGCCUGUCUGAUUUAGAAAAACCAGAAAAUAAAAUCAUCAAAUAUGUCAAUGAAUUUGAAUUUAAUUCGUGGUAUAAAUCAGCAGAUAUAUUUAGCAAUUUCAUCACAAUUAUACGAAAAUCUGAAUUAUCAUUGACAAGAAAUAGUGAUCAAAUUAAAACUAAAGUUAUAGCAUCAUUAUUCAGUCUAUUGAUGCCUGAUGAUCAACUUAAUCCAUUCAGUCAUUUAGAAGAAUUUGAUAAUAGUCCAAUCAUAGCAAUUGAUAAUGAAAAUGAUGAUGAUGAAAAUGUAAUCAAUGUAAAUGAAUCCGAAAAUGAACCUGGUGAUGUUAAUUUUGAUUCUGGUGUUUCACGAGACGAUUCAUUUGCUAGCAAUUCUACCGCUGAUCCAAAUGUAAUUGUUCAAAUCAAUCCAUUAAGUAUUGCUCCUAUGUUAUCGUUUUAUAUUGAUGGUGAAGAAAUACCUGAUGUAAUUAUUCGUGAGGCAAAACAUUUGAAUAAAUUAAUGAAUAAUAAUAACAUACAAAACGCAACAACCACAACCGCCGAUAGUGCUGAUGAAAUAAGUUCGAAUGAUUCAUCACAGCCAUCAAGUUUGGAUGAUUCUUCAAAUCUCAAGCCUUCAACCAGUUCGAAACCAUUACCCACAGAAAAACGAUUGGUUAUUCGAACAAAACCUUUUAAGUUUAAAUUGGAUGUGAAUGAAUCGAUUUUGACAUUGUUGCUACGAUUACAUUCAAAACUAAGCGAAAAAAGAGAUUCAUUCAAAACCGAUGAACAAAGUUUAAUGAAAUAUGAUCUUAAUUCACGUAUUGGUGAUGGUCCAUAUUUUAUCGGUUGUCUAUUGAAACGUUUUAUUUAUUCUUGUGCAGAGCGUCUAGAAUCACGACAUUCUUUACCAUCGGGUUCGUGUUUGAAUAAAGUCAUAGAAUUUGUAGACCGUACUAGAUGUUCAAUCUGGCCAAUGAUUAAUAAAACAGCUUCACCGAUUCCUACAACAAGUGUAAAUGACGAUGUGAUCACUCCUAUGGAUAUUGAUCUGGAUGAAUUACAACGUUCAGAAAAGAAACGUAAAGCUUUAGAACGAAAAAAACAAAUAAUGAGUAAAUUCUGUUUACUUCAAAAUGAAUUUAUCAAAAAUAAUAAAAGUACGUUCGAAAAAUUUGAUGCAGAGGAAUCAGAACAUGAAAGUUCGUUUUCAUCUAAUACUACUGCAGGAUCUAACAAUCCAGGUACAGAAAAUGAUCAAUCAGGAAAUUCUGAUUCUUCGGACAAUAAUUCUUCAACGAUAAAAUAUCAACCUAAAACUUAUCAAUGUGUAAUCUGUAUGGAUACUGGAGCAUCAAUUCUUGAACGACCAUUUGUUCAAAUGGUUCUUCUUCAAUCAUCAUCAAUAUUGAAUAAUACUUUUGCCUAUACAUUAGCCGAUGAAUUCAAAAGCAAUCCUUGCCUUUCCGAUAUUAUCGAAAAAUUUACAACAAUCCCAACGAAUGUUGAAGAUUAUUGUAUAUUUAAAGAGCGGAAAACUUUUGCUCAUUAUUUCGAACAUAAAGUUGAUCGUUUAUUUCCUUCGUUCGCAUUAGAUUCCUGGCUAAGCUCUUUUAAUAUUGGUUGGUGUGGAGGUGUACAUGCUCAAUCUUGUGGUCAUUUUAUGCACAUGGAUUGUUAUCAAUCAUAUAUUUCAUCCGUCUAUCAGGAUAGAGAUAGCAAUGAUCUGAUUGAAUAUCCAUGUCCAUUGUGUCGUAAGAUAGCGAAUUCAGUCCUUCCUAUUAUUCCCAAUUUGCCAAAUUUCCCACUAGUACAAUCACGUAAAAAUGAUGAUCCAAAUGGUGUUGCGGUCGAAAUUCUUAAUUUAUUGUCCAAUUGUGAUCAAGCUCGAUUAGCAAAUACUACCGAAGAUGAUUCAAAAUUUUUAAAAGUUUUAGCCAUGGCAAUCGAAGAUGUAAUGAAAGCCACCGAACCACAAUAUCGUAAUAUUCGUGUAGAUCCUUGUCCACAAUCAUUAUUUCUAUUUUUAUCAUCUAUUUCUCGUACUAAUCUUGAAUAUAAUAUCGUUUUGUGGCGUAAAUCUCUUCCUUUAAACCAAAAUGCUUCAUGUCUUGUGCCUCUAUUUCAUGCAUUAUCUUUGAAUGCAAAAUUAGUAUUACCCAUGUACUAUAUGAAAUUAUGGGCUCAAAUCACUGGCGUUGAUGCUGAUGAAAUCGGAUCACAUUUAUUGCCAUAUGAAAAACAAGUUCCUUUAUUGAUCAAAGAUGUUUCAGCCAUCUUAUUACAAUUUCUUUAUGCAUUACCAUUCAACAUUGACAAAGCCUAUUUUCUAUCAAUCGUAAAAGCAUUAUUAAAUUUAAAUUUCAUACAAGCAAUCGUCAUGAUGACCUUUCUCUUUACACCGGAUGAAAAGCUAGCAAUGAAGAUUCGUUUCGAAACAAAAAAUAACGGUGAAUUUAACAGUUAUCUUGAUUAUGUUGGUUUUAUUGUUAACAGCUUCGAAGCGUCUAUUUUGAAUUCCAGCAUCAUUGGAAUAGAUAAUCGUAAACCAAUUUCUAAGCGAUCGAUUCUUGAAUCGUUGUCCAAAGUUUGUUUACCAUUUUUGCGUUUAGCUGCUAUGAUAUUUCAUUUGCUAUUCAAUCAAACAACACUUCCUGAAAUUGAUAAUCAACAAAUUUUAGAUGAAUUUACUACGUUAGCCGAUUAUCUUUGUUUAAAUUCAUCGUCUUUAGAUACAUCAAAGUCAAAAUCAAAAUCGCUAGUCGACGAUGAAGAUUAUGAAACAUUUUUUAAAGCUUAUAUAAAUUGGAUGUGUAAUCCAUCCAGUUUGAUCACUACUUGGUAUAGCGAAUUCGACAAAUUGAUUCAAACAAAUCCUAUGGCAGCUUCGAGCUUAAUACAGGAAAAUUGUGUUAUAUCAUCACAACCAAAACUUUUACGUUUGCCAAAAAUGUAUGAAGAAUUAUUUAUGUUCUAUCAUAAACGUCCAUGUGAAACAUGCAAUAAUAUACCGAAAGAUCCUUCACUUUGUCUGAUUUGUGGUCAAAUAAUUUGUAUGCGUGAACCAUGUUGUCGUAAUGGAAAUACAUUCGAAGGUGUUCAUCAUUCAAGAAAAUGUGGAGCUGGAACUGCACUAUAUUUGGUAAUCAAUUCAUCGACAAUCAUUUUGAUUCGUGGUCGUAAAGCAUGUGCAUGGGGAUCAGUUUAUUUAGAUGAAUUUGGUGAAGAAGAUCGUGAUUUAAAACGGGGAAAACCAUUGUUUCUAUGUAAUGAACGUUAUCGUAUACUUGAACAACAAUGGUUAACACAUAGUUUUUUAAAUAUCAACAAAAAAUGGAUCUAUCAUACAAAUAUGAUUUGAUGAUAAAACGGAAGCUUUUACAUCUGGAGCAAACAUAUAACAUCCUUUUUAUUGACAAAAAAAAUGUACUUAUUAUAUUUCAAGGCAUACAACAACAACAAAAAAAAUGUUAUCGACAU